AUGGGAUCUUUUGGUAAAGUCUUCCGUGGCAAUUGGUUGUGCACAGAUGUUGCUGUCAAACAGAUACGACGAGGUGCAAGCGUAAGCGAGUCUAUUCAGAGAGAAGCAAUGAUACAUAGCAGGCUUCGUCACCCAAACAUAGUGACAUUCAUGGGCGUAUCCAUAAAGAAAAAAGAUGUUCUGCUUGUCACUGAGUUUGUUGCUGGCAGUUCCCUUCAAGAUAUCAUAGAUGAAGAAAAAGAAGUCGAGGGAAUACAGGGAUUAGUCAAGGACAUUUUGAAGGGAGUGGCUUACUUACACGAAGUGGGAGUGGUUCAUGGUGAUAUAAAACCUGCUAAUAUACUUGUGUCAUCAAAGCUUAACGUCGCAAAGUUAUGUGAUUUCGGUCUUGGCCGUUUGAGGCAACAUGCGUCCAUGAGCCUGGUAGUUAGCCAACAAGUAGGUGCAGAGCCUGUGUUAGAAGGGACACCCUCUUACAUGGCACCGGAGUGCCUAUUAAAUAAAAAAAGACCUGCCCAGUGUAGUGAUAUUUGGUCCUUAGGGCUAACACUUUUGGAGUUUCUUACAUUAGAUGAUGCAUGGGAUGCAGUACUUAAAGACAUCCAGGCAGUAUCAGAAGUCGAAAAGCUAGUAUCAGCACAGAAGUCAUUAUUAUUACCUCAUACGCUUGUAAAACUGAAGCCAAUGCCCAAGUAUAAUAUUAGUUUGUGUCUAAAUUAUAACAUGGCUGAUAGACCAACUGCUUUACAAUUACUAAAGGGCGAAUG